AAGGCAAAAAACAGAACUUAGCAGUCUGCAGCGUUCGCGGCGGGCCAAGUGCAGCAAGCUCUGAGCCCGCGGGGGCGGAGCGGUGUGAGCGACCGCCAGGAGAUCAGCGGCAGCUGGCCGGCGAGCGAUCCUGAGCCUGCCGUCUAUGGGCGGCUGGCUCACCCUCACCUCAGCCCGCUUGCCCUGACUGGGACUUGGGACUUCUGGAGAGGACCGCACGGCCCGGAGAGGUUUUGUGGAGCACAAUGGCUGAACAACUCCUUCCUCUGGCUUUGUAUUUGAGCAAUAUGCGGAAAGCUGUGAAGAUAAGAGAGCGAACUCCAGAAGAUAUUUUUAAACCUACCAAUGGGAUAAUUCAUCAUUUUAAAACCAUGCACCGAUACACCCUGGAAAUGUUCAGAACUUGCCAGUUUUGUCCACAGUUUCGAGAGAUUAUCCACAAAGCUCUCAUCGACAGAAACAUCCAGGCAUCCCUGGAAAGCCAGAGGAAGCUCAACUGGUGUCGGGAAGUCCGGAAGCUUGUGGCUCUAAAGACCAAUGGAGAUGGGAACUGCCUGAUGCAUGCUGCUUCUCAGUACAUGUGGGGAGUUCAGGACACAGACUUGGUGCUGAGGAAGGCGCUCUUCAGCACUCUCAAGGAGACUGACACACGCAACUUCAAAUUCCGCUGGCAACUGGAGUCUCUUAAAUCUCAGGAAUUUGUGGAAACAGGGCUUUGCUAUGACACUCGGAACUGGAAUGAUGAAUGGGACAACCUUGUCAAAAUGGCAUCCACAGACACUCCAGGGGCCCGAGGUGGAUUUCAGUAUCACUCACUGGAAGAAAUACACAUAUUUGUCCUGUGUAACAUUCUCAGAAGGCCAAUCAUUGUCAUUUCAGACAAAAUGCUGAGGAGUUUGGAAUCCGGUUCAAAUUUUGCUCCUUUGAAGGUGGGCGGAAUUUACCUGCCUCUCCAUUGGCCUGCCCAGGAAUGCUACAGAUACCCCAUCGUUCUUGGCUAUGACAGCCAACAUUUUGUACCCCUGGUGACCCUCAAGGACAGCGGGCCUGAAAUCCGAGCCGUUCCACUUGUUAACAGAGACCGAGGACGAUUUGAAGACUUAAAAGUCCACUUCUUGACAGAUCCUGAAAAUGAGAUGAAGGAAAAGCUAUUAAAAGAGUACUUGAUGGUGAUAGAAAUCCCCGUCCAAGGCUGGGACCUUGGCACCACACAUUUGAUUAAUGCUGCAAAGUUGGAUGAAGCUAACUUACCAAAGGAAAUAAAUCUGGUAGAUGAUUACUUUGAACUUGUUCAGCAUGAGUACAAGAAGUGGCAGGAGAACAACCAGCAGGGACGGAGAGAGAUGCACGUUCAGAAUCCUCUAGAACCUUCCAUGCCCCAGCUUUCUCUCAUGGACGUAAAAUGUGAAACGCCCAACUGUCCUUUCUUCAUGUCCGUGAAUACCCAGCCUUUAUGCCAUGAAUGCUCGGAGAGGUGGCAAAAAAAUAAAAAUAAACCCCCAAAGCUGAACUGUAAGCUGGGCCCUGAGGCACCCCCUGGCAUGGCACUCGGGGCCUCCCGGGGUGAGGCCUGUGAACCCUUGGUCUGGACCCCUGAGGAGCCAGCUGGGGGGCCUCACUCAGCCCCACCAACCGCACCCAGCCUUUUCCUAUUCAGCGAGACCACCGCCAUGAAGUGCAGGAGCCCUGGCUGCCCAUUCACACUGAAUGUGCAGCACAAUGGAUUUUGUGAGCGUUGCCACAAUGCCCAGCAACUUAACACCAGCCGCAAUGUGGACCCCAAGAGGCAUUUAGAUGCUGGUAAGUGCCGAGCUUGCCUCCAGGAUGCCACCAGGACGUUUAAUGGAAUCUGCAGUACUUGCUUCAAAAGGACUACGACAGAGCCCUCCUCUAGCCUCGGCCCUAGUGCCCUUCCUUCCUGUCAUCAGCGAUCCAAGUCGGAUCCUUCCCAGCUCACCCAGAGCCUCUCCCCGCAUUCUUGCCACAGAGCUGGAGGCGAGGCCCCAUCAGGCUGCCUCUCCCAGGCUGCACGGACUCCUGAGGACAGGACAGGCACCAGCAAGUGCAGAAAAGCCGGCUGCAUGUAUUUUGGGACUCCAGAAAACAAGGGCUUCUGCACGUUGUGUUUCAUCGAGUACAGUGAAAACAAACAUUUUGUUGCUGCCUCGGGGAAGGCCAAUCCCACAGCCUCCAGGUUCCAGAACACAGUUCCCUGCCUGGGGAGAGAAUGUGGCACCCUCGGAAGCACGAUGUUCGAAGGAUACUGCCAGAAGUGUUUCAUCGAAGCUCAGAAUCAGAGAUUUCAUGAAGCAAAAAGGACUGAAGAGCAACUGAGGUCAAGCCAACGUCGAGAUGUGGCACGCACCACCCAGAGCUCUUCCAGGCCCAAGUGUGCCCGGGCCUCCUGCAAGAACAUUCUGGCCUGCCGCAAUGAGGAACUCUGCAUGGAAUGCCAGCACCUCAGCCAGCGAGUGGCCCCGGCACCCCUCCGUGGGGAGCCUGCUCCCGAGGAGCCCCCCAAGCAGCGCUGCCGGGCCCCUGCCUGCGAGCACUUCGGCAACACCAAGUGCAGCGGCUACUGCAACGAGUGCUUUCAGUUUAAGCAGAUGUAUGGCUAAGCAGACACAGGUGCGCCAGCCCCAGCCAAGAGGGGCUGAGAGCCGUUCACCUACAUGGUGCUAUACUCUCAACACUCUGAUGCCACUGGAGAGUCAGUUCCUGGCCACAGUGGGCUCGAGGUUGCCUUUGAGCAGGGAAAGGAAACAUAAGCUCUUCUUUGCGGUUGUGAUGCUCAGGUUUGGUAACCUGGCUGGCAAAAUUCCUAUCUCGCCGUAAAGUUCAGAUAGUGUCAAGAGUCAGCCCAGGGCUGCUGCUCCUCUUCUACUGAGCAGAAGGCCAGGAACUUUUAUGGACUUGGAACAAGUGCCAGGACUGGCCAUCACCCUGCAUCCUGCCUACCAGGACAGCAGUGUCAUCUCGAGAAAGAGAAAAGACACACAGGCAGGUCGGGAAACAGCUGAGUCCUCAGGGCACCAAGGCCCUUCGCGAGAAGCUCAAGGAAGCUCAGGGAAAAUGGACAUACUCAGAGAGUGUCAGUAGUUAAUGGUUUUCCCCUUUCUGCCUGGUUCCUUUCCUCUGGACAUGGCAAAAGCAAAACUGUCCACAGACUGUGAUUCUGAGGCUGCUGAGACUGAAUAAGUCCACACUGAAAAGCAAAGAACAAGCUGCUCUUACAAUAUGCACCUUCUAAAGAACAGAAUAU